UAUCUUCUUAUUUAUUGGUGAUGUAUGGCUACCGCUCGUCUGCAACUUCGAAACAGUGUCGGAGCAGAGCAGAGCAGAGUGGAUAGCCGUAGCCGGAGAGGGAGAUGAGUGGAGUCGGGAUAUCGGUGUGCGUUACUGGAGCAUCGGGAUACUUCGCAUCCUGGCUCGUCAAGCUGCUGCUGGAGCGUGGCUAUACUGUUAAAGCUACUGUUCGGAAUCUCGGCGAUUCGAGCAAAAUUGACCACCUGAAGGAACUCGAAGGAGCUGACGAAAGACUACAGUUGUUCGAAGCCAGCUUAACUGAAGAAGGAUCGUUCGAUUCAGCAUUUGCUGGUUGUGAUGGCGUAUUUCAUACAGCAUCACCUUGCUUCUUUUCAUGUGCUGAUCCACAGGCGGAGUUGAUAGAACCAGCAGUCGAAGGAACGCUCAAUGUUCUAAAAUCCUGCAGCAAAGUAGCAUCCAUUAGACGAGUGGUGUUGACAUCCUCCAUAGCUGCACUUACAACCAACCGAAAACCCAAAGGCGCUGGCGUGCUAGUCGACGAAGCUUGGUUUUCAGAUCCGGAAUACUGCAAAGAGAUCAAGCAAUGGUACGUUCUUUCGAAAACCAUGGCGGAGGCAGCUUCAUGGAAAUUCGCCGAAGAAAAUGGCAUCGACUUAGUCGUACUGCAUCCAGGCUUCAUAAUUGGCCCUCUCCUCCAGCCAACUCUCAAUUUCUCGUCCCAACUUUUUAUCGAUCUCAUCAAAGGGCAUGGUGAGUUUCCAGAGUAUCGAUGUGUUGAUGUUCGAGAUGCUGCAUAUGCACAUGUCGCCGCAUUUGAGAAUCCUUCGGCUAGCGGCAGAUACCCUCUGGUCAGAGAAGGGUUAACACAUUCCGAAAUGAUGGAAUUACUCCAUAAGCUUUAUCCUUCGAUCACGGCUCCUUCGAGGUAUGCUUGCCGACGAAUCUAUGUUGAGAUUUUUUUUGAGGUGUCGAAGAAGAGAGCAGAAAGUUUGGGCGUAAGUUUUACACCAUUGGAGGCGAGCUUGAAAGAUACUGUUGAAAGUUUGAAGGAGAAGAAGUUUCUUACUCUAUAAUUAUUGACAUGUUUACUUUGAAUUAUCUUAUCCAUUCUAAGAAUAUAUAUAUAUAUAUAUAUAUAUAUGCCUGUUUUUGGAAUGGUUAAAAUCGUUAUUACUCUCAAAUUAGUUGUUAGUAUAUAUUGGGAAAGAAUACGCACUUCAAUACUGUCAUCCUUUACCGACUCUCUAUUGGCAUUCCUAAGGGUGACGAGUUUGGAGUGUGCAUGCUUUUGAAUUGACCUUUAAUUUUAUUUAUUAUUAUUAUUAUUA